CCAUGUCACAGAUGUUGCACAUAGAAAUUCCCAAUUUUGGGAACACCGUCUUGGGCACCCUGAACGAGCAGAGGCUGCUGGGGCUCUACUGCGACGUCUCCAUUGUCGUGAAGGGACAGGCCUUCAAGGCCCACCGGGCGGUCUUGGCCGCCAGCAGCCUCUACUUCAGAGACUUGUUUACUGGGAACAGCAAGAGUGCGUUUGAGCUCCCUGGUUCAGUGCCCCCCGCUUGCUUCCAGCAAAUCCUUUCCUUUUGCUACACUGGGAAGCUGACCAUGGCUGCAAGCGAGCAACUUGUGGUAAUGUACACGGCAGGUUUCCUCCAGAUCCAGCACAUUGUGGAGAAAGGAACAGACUUGAUGUUCAAAGUGAGCUCUCCUCACUGUGAUUCCCAAACCACCAUGAUAGAAGAUCCCAGCUCGGAACCACAAAGUCCUAGCAAUCCACUGCAGGCCACUCCCGUGCCCUGUGUCAUGUCCCCUUCCAUGCCAAUCCCACUCCUCACGCGGGUCAAGCAUGAAAACCUGGAGCUGCAGCCCACAGCAACGCCGAGCCUAGCAACCAAAAGGUCCCUGGAGGCCAGCCUGCGGGACGCAACUGGCGGGGGCUCUUCCAGCACUGCUUCACUGAAGCUAUCUCGUGUGGCCUACUAUGGAGUGCCCAGCCUGGCCACGCUUCUCCCAAACGUACCACUGGGGCAGUACGCUCAAGGGGAGCGGACCAGCCCUGGGAGCAGCAGCAUCCCAGCCACGGACAGCCCUACGUCCUACCACAACGAAGAGGACGAAGAAGAGGACGACGCUUACGACACCAUGGCGGAAGAGCAGUACGGGCAGAUGUUCAUCAAAGCCACCGGGGGCUACACAGGGCCUCCAGAGAAACCAGAACAGGUGCCAUUGGAGAGCCGCUCCUGUGUCCUCAUUCGGCGAGACUUAGUUGCUCUCCCAGCAAGUCUCAUCAGUCAGAUUGGAUAUCGGUGCCAUCCAAAACUCUACUCAGAAGGAGAUCCUGGAGAGAAACUUGAACUUGUUGCAGGCUCCGGCGUUUACAUCACCCGAGGGCAGCUGAUGAACUGUCACUUGUGUGCAGGUGUGAAACACAAAGUUCUCCUGCGGCGCCUUCUAGCAACAUUCUUUGACAGGAACACCCUGGCCAACAGCUGUGGGACAGGAAUCCGGUCUUCUACCAGUGACCCCAGCAGGAAGCCCCUUGACAGCAGGGUGCUCAAUGCUGUGAAACUGUAUUGUCAGAAUUUUGCUCCAAGCUUCAAGGAAAGUGAAAUGAACGUCAUUGCAGCUGACAUGUGCACAAAUGCCCGGCGAGUACGCAAGCGUUGGCUUCCAAAGAUAAAGUCCAUGUUGCCAGAGGGAAUGGAGAUGUAUCGCUCCGUCAUGGGUUCCACCACCAACAGUGUCCCUUUAGACCCUGAAUUCCAGCCCUCUGCCACUCAAACGUUUGAACAACGUAUCUUUGCAGAGAGGAGGAGUGAUUCUGGAACAAUCAUGGCACUGAGAACUAGCACUGCAACUGUAGAUCAAAGCAACGGAUCUGGCCAAUUGUUUGAGCCAAGUGAUGAUGCUGAAGGGGCCAGCUCUGUCAUACAGGAGUCAGCUGUCCCAGAGUCAAUGGCUUCAGAUAGCCAAAGCACCGCACAGCCUUUUGAUCAAGGUUCUGGUUCCACCAGCCGGCCAGAAACUCCUGUGAGACGGCAGGAAGGUACAUAUGGAGGGACUUUAUGAAUGAGACCUUGAGAGAUCUAUAAUAAUAAAGCUGCUUGCAUGCAUUAUUAAUACAAAAAUGUGAUCCAACCUUUUACCUACUGAACCGCUACUGUUGCCUGAAAAAAAUGUGAUUUUUAAAAAUUCUGCUCAUGUUUAAGAUUUAUGAAGGAAGUAUCACAUUUGUUACACUGUAAGCAACUCUAGGUCUAAGGCAACCUGCGUAUGGUGAACAAAGCAAAUAACCCUCAGCUCCUUUGUUUUCUUGACGUUCGUCUAGAGAUUGUAGCAUUUAAUUUCCACCAAGGCAGGGGAUAUCCCGCCUCCACAACCAUCCCCACCCUUAGCGACUCAUCGCCCCCACUCCCUGCCGAUGCUGCAUUUCCACCGGGGGACACGGGCACAGCCGGCCGGCCUCAUCCGCUGUGCGAAGGGGGACUUGAGGGAGAAAAGGCACACGCAGGUGAGAGGGCAGACCCUGGACACCCCUCCGUGCGGCUAGGAACCAAGGUCAGGGGUUCUUCUAGUGUCAGAUGUUGAAGGGGGGUGUUAUAUGAUUUCAUUGCCUUUUGUUUUACUUGUGGCCAGGGAAUAAUUUAUCAGGCACACUUUUUUAGAAAUAUAACCUGUGCGAGGACCAUUGACCUGAACGCCCAGGUGUUUGUGAUGUCUGGGGGGGGAGGCAUGUCUCCUUUUAUUCCCCUCAUUUUGGCAAGUGGCUUUCCCCCUGGAUGCUCUGGCCCUCUUCCGCUGGCAGAGUGUUUGAACCCGGCUGUGCCGUUCCCAGAUGCAUCACCUCCUCCUGCUCCCUUUCUUCGUUUCCUUGCUUCCCCCUUAGCCAGGAGCCCGGCUUGCUCAGCACGGCGUUGCCUGUCUCCCUGGGCUCUCGUCAGUGAAAUGCAUCCAAAGUUUUUGAAAGAAGAAUUCAGGAUGACUUCUGUGCAUAUGAAGUCUUCUUGCAUAGAAUUGCUUGUGGAAUUACUCAUCUUAAGGCAGCCCUCUCAGGCAGAGGUUGUUCAGGACCCAUCAAAACUGCCAUUUUCUCCUGAGGAACUAACAAGAAUUAUGUUUAUUUUCUCCUAGGAGAAAAAAAUGUUACAUUAGGCCCAGCCUUUAGAUACUGGGGCAGUAUGCCUGUUUAUCUCUGAAUGUUUUAAAGCAGAUUUAAAGUAAAGCUGAAUACAUGAGAAGUCAGUUUGCUUUUCCUUUGGUUGAAGCAGAAGACGUCCCCCAUGGCUGGUGACUGAGAUUAUUUGGGUGAAGAAAACCUUCUGAUAUCAGUCCUAGGAACAGGUUGUUAGAAAACUUGCCUGGCCGAAGAAGGCGUGUGUGGGAGAUGCACUAGAGCAGGCACGGUUUGACCGUUUUGGAGCUGGGAGGGAGAAGCUCCAGCUCUUAACAAAGCAUGGAGGCGGGAGUGUCCAGCCGGAUUGACACAGGGAAACACAUUGUCAGGGGAAAUCUCAUUUGUCAUUCUGGUUUACAGAAUAGCUGAUCUGAGGAAUCACUGAGAUUUUGAAAACCCACCAAGAGGAGGCAGUUGGCUGAGAGCGGAUGGAGCAAAGGCCUUUCUGUUGACCUUCUACCCUCAGUGCCUCCGUGUCUUCCAUACUCUCGUGGCCUUGGGGGCAAUGAUGGUGGACCCCAGGCUUCGCUCUCACACACCACAAAGCCUGUUUCUGGAAAAGCCACGUGUAAAGCAGGUGUUGGAACUCCGUGUUUGGGCUGAAGUGCCGCUGGUGGGCAUGCAAGGGGUUGUUGUG